AUGGAAAGGCGGCGAGUUUGGAGCGUGUCAAUAGAUGAUCAGAAUCAGCCUUAUAGCGAAAUAGCCGCGAUGGCCGAGGGUUGGUUGGUGCGUGAAGGGUCGCAUUCGGGGCGGAAUGCCCUCGUUCAACUAUUACGAUGUACCGAUCGAGAAUGUGUACAGCCUGAUGCGAAACCAAAAACCCAAGAGAUCCGUGAUGCCGUCGAACAACUCUCACAGGCAGUUCGAAGUUGUGGGCCAGCAACUGACGCCAGCAUAAGCGGCACCAGAGUUCCGCCGACAAUUCCGGAUAUUGAAAAAGACCAAAAUCACAAAGGACCAGAUAUAUCAAGUGCAGAAAACGUGACGCGAACACUGGAGGAGGAACAAUCGUUGGACGAACUACUCAAUAAACUCAAUUUGAGGCAGGUGCCAACCUUUUCGCCGACGUUUCCCGAUUUGGACACUGGCGACUCGGACGAGGACUAUGCGGUUACAACGGAUGAGCGAAAAGAAGAGCGAGAGGAAAAACACGGGCAAAAGCUGUGCGAGGAAGAAGUUCAAAAAAUGCCUGACGGAACGGAGGUCCGCGUGAAGAAAACUCGAACAGUAAAUGUGCAACAGAGUAGGAAACACGUGAGUUAA